AUGUCUUUGGAGAGUUCCCUUGCCGCCAUGUCUUUGGCGACCCCUUCUCCAGAAGGUGUUCUGUCGACCAAGACUCUUGUCUUCAAGCCCAAGACUGCUAAGACUGCCACUCCUAUUCCAAUCAUCGUUGUGGCUCUCACUGAGACCCAGACACCUGGCGGAGCCAUUGCAAAGGCAGCUGGUUUUAAAGAGCCCAGAUUGGCCAAGGACGAUUUGAUCGUUGAGUUUUUUGGAUGCACAGCCAAGGAGUUCUCCAUUGCCAACUUGACUGAUGCUCACAGUGAAGGAAAGAUCAAGCUCGUUGUUGAUUCGAAAAUUGUGGAAGGUGAUAAGGCAGCUGAGCUGGAAUUUGUUUGUCAAACCGGGAAGUUGGUUUUGACUACUGAGACCCUGCUUUCGUACUUCAAGUCCACUGGAAUCGAGAUCAUAGCGACAGAUUUCUCUGCUGAGGCUGCUGCCCCAACCGUUGCUGUUCCAAAGACCGUGGCUGCUGUUGACGCCAAGCUCGAUGAUGCCAAGCUGAUUGGUAUCACUGUUGACAAGGAACUGGAUUUCUCCUCCUGGUACCAGCAGAUCCUCACCAAAGGUGAAAUGUUGGACUACUACGAUGUCUCUGGUUGUUAUAUCAUGAGGCCAGCUUCAUACGCCGUCUGGGAGCAAAUUCAGGAGUGGUUCAACAAGAAAAUCAAGGCUUUGGGUGUCCAGAAUGCUUACUUCCCUAUGUUUGUCUCCUCGAAGGUAUUGGAGAGAGAAAAGGACCAUAUCGAAGGUUUUGCGCCUGAAGUUGCCUGGGUCACUAGAGCUGGUUCCAGUGAGUUGGAAGAGCCCAUCGCCAUCAGACCAACCUCUGAGACCGUGAUGUACCCAUACUAUGCCAAGUGGAUUCGUUCCCACCGUGACUUGCCUUUGAAGCUCAACCAAUGGAACAGUGUUGUUCGUUGGGAGUUCAAGCAUCCUCAACCUUUCCUGAGAACGAGGGAAUUCUUGUGGCAGGAGGGCCACACAGCACAUCUUACUUAUGAAGAGGCUAACGAGGAAGUUUUGCAGAUUUUGGACUACUACUCGGGAAUCUAUGAGGAGUUGUUAGCUGUUCCAGUUGUGAAGGGUAAGAAGACUGAGAAGGAGAAGUUUGCUGGUGGUUUGUACACCACCACGUGUGAAGGUUACAUUCCAACUACAGGCCGUGGUAUUCAAGGUGCUACAUCGCACUGUUUGGGCCAGAACUUCUCCAAGAUGUUCAACAUCACUGUGGAGAGCCCAGAAGGUCCAGACAAGCCAAAGAUCAACGUUUGGCAAAACUCGUGGGGUCUUUCCACAAGAGUUAUUGGUGUGAUGGUAAUGAUUCACUCAGAUAACAAGGGUUUGGUCAUUCCACCAAGGGUGUCCCAGAACCAGGUUGUGAUCAUCCCCGUUGGUAUCACAGCAAAGACCACCAAGGAAGAGGAGGAUUCCAUUUAUGCUGCUUGUAAGAAGCUGGAGGCCAGACUCAGAGCUAGUGAUGUGAGAGUGAUUGCUGACUACCGUAACAACUACUCUCCAGGCUGGAAAUUCUCCGACUGGGAGUUGAAGGGUUUGCCAGUGCGUCUUGAGCUUGGCCCCAAGGACUUGAAGAACAACUCUGUUCUUGCGGUUCGUCGUGACAACGGCCAAAAGGUCUCUAUCUCAUUGGACGAGGUGGAGACCAAAGUGCCAGAGGUUUUGGAGGAUAUCCAGGCCUCUUUGUUUGCCAAUGCCAAAGCCAAGUUUGACUCUCACCGUGUGAUAGUCAACGAAUGGAAAGAUUUUGUUCCUACGCUGAACAAGAAGAACGUCAUUCUUGCCCCUUGGUGUGGAGUUGAGGAGUGUGAGGAUGACAUCAAGGAUGCCUCCUCCAAGAAAGAUGACGGGGAAGAAGAGGAGGUUGACGAGAAGGCGCCAAGUAUGGGAGCCAAGUCCCUCUGUAUCCCAUUCGAGCAGCCAGAAUUGGCACCUGGCCAGAAGUGUGUUAAGUGUGACAAGGCCGCUAUCAACUACUGUAUGUUUGGUAGAUCAUACUAG